CAAAUAAUUUAAUGCAAAGAGGCCUAGGUGGCAUCUCUCUUCGUUAUAUAUCAGGGUUCUCUUCUCUUCCCCUCAGCUCUACAACAAACUAAGGCCUGUUUAUCAACAGUAAAACUACUCCAAAAAAAGAAGUGAAAACCACACAAGAUAUAUAUGGCUUGUUGGUCUUCUGAAAAUGCUACCAGAGCUUAUCUCCAAGCUCUUAAAAUGGGUAAAAGAGGCAAGGAGCCUGAUGUUGCCGAGUUCAUAUCCGCUCUUGCAGCUGGAAAUAAUGCACAACUCAUGGUGUUGGCAUGCUCUAGCGUUGCUGUAUCCACUACGCUAGCUCUAGUUGCAGCAGCACAUCAGACUGGCGGUCGCGUAGUGUGUAUUUUACAUGGACUUGACAUCAUUCAUUCUUCCAAAAAUGCUCUCGGCCCUUACGCAAAUUCCAUUGAAUUUGACGUUGGGGACGCACAAAACCUAUUAGUAAACGAGUACAGAGGUGCAGAUUUUGUGCUUAUUGAUUGCAACAGUGAUGUUCAUAAAGGAAUAUUUAGAGCCGCACAAGAGAGUACAAAGCAUGGAGGGGGAGUUAUUGUAGGGUACAAUGCCCUGCAUAAAGGAUCAUGGAGUGAAUUUAAUACCCAGUUUUUACCCAUUGGGAAUGGUCUGCUUGUUACUAAAACAACCGCAUUUCCGAAGGUUGGUGAUGGGAAUGGCGAUGGGGAAGUCAAUAAAGGAAGAAAAAGGAGUCGUUGGGUUGUUACGGUUGAUACAUGCACAGGUGAGGAGCAUGUUUUCAGGAUCACCUCAAGCCAUCAUCCAAGAGUGAUUCGAGCUUAAAGUGCCCUUUGAAAGAAAAUAUUUGCCUUAAUUUCUCACAUUGUUUCUAGGUUUAAUCAGAUGUAGGUUAGAGAGGAUACAAUGU